AUGGCGUAUGCACACCCUCCGUACGUUGACUCGACGUCGUAUUCGCUAUACACAGAGGCGUCAAUGGAUCCUGAAAUCAAGCGUUCGGUUUCGCCGACAAGCGCUGCUGAAUCUUACACCGUCAACCGAUUCCUAACAGACAAUAAAUCACCAAUCUUCUUAUACCCACCGAUGGAUCCUACUACAUCUGGGCUCGUGCCUCCAUUUCCAACGACUCAUUUCCAGCGUGCCGACUCUCCAUCAUACACCAAUUCAUCCUCAACCUGUAGUAGUGGCCUCAGCCCACCAAGGGAAACUGACUACUAUCAAAUGAACUCCCCACCUACACCUUCAGAAAUGCCUCUAUUGCCCCAGUAUGACGAUAGCUGGAAUUCCCAUCCACAAGUCUACCAAUUCACUGGUUUAGCGGACGAUUGCGUCAACCUUGGAGAUGUCAAUCCAAUGUCAAUGAACAUGUAUGAUGACCAUGCGCAGCAAAGAUUCGUCUUCCCAAUAAGGACUUCUAGCAUGUCGAGCGACAAUAGCCAUAUAGGCUACAAAGGUUGGACUGAAGAUGAAAUAUCCCCACAUCCCAGCUGCUCAAGCCCGGAUACUCCAGUCGUGAAGGAAGAGGUUUGCAUUUUAGACGCGACGCACGACCACAGUUUCGAAGAAGUCGACGCUGAUGAACCGGAAGACGAGUCUGAGAGUCCAUAUCUGAAGACUGAACCGAAGGAAGACGAAGAAGGUGAUGACGACGAUGGUGACGAUGAUGAAUACAAUCCACGACAGAAGUUGAAGAAUGGCCUUGGCAAAUCAGAACGUCAUGGUAAGAACUACAAACGACGCAGCAACUCGCACUCAUCUUCGGACGCAAAACGUUCCAAGAUCUCCAUGGAGGAAUCGCUGGUCGCUCGGCAGAGUCCCAAGUCAUCUAUCCAAGGCAGCAAGGGACAGUAUAGUUGCCCUGAUUGCUCCAAGGUUUCAUUCAAAGAUCGAUCGGGCCUUGAGAACCACAUCAAGAAGCAGCAUACCCGGCCAUUCACCUGCAUAUUCGAAUUUGCAGGGUGCCAUUCCACAUUUGCGAGCAAAAACGAAUGGAAGCGUCACUGUGCCUCUCAGCACAUUGUGCUUCAGUAUUGGGUUUGUCAACAAGAAGGAUGCGCACAGGUGUCAAAUAAACCUAGUGCGCCAAAGAAGUCUUCCAGUUCGGCGCGCAGGCGCGGCGAUGGCCCCCGUUAUCCGGUCGCGUACACAUCGGCCCUCCCCAAUGGCACCAUUUUCAAUCGCAAGGACCUAUACACGCAGCACCUCCGGCGCAUGCACGUUCCCGCACACCUGAAGACCAAGGUCAGGUCGAAGACGCACGUUCCCGAAUGGGAGGAGCAGCAGCGUAUGCAUCAAGACGGGGCUGUUCGAACCAGGUGCCAGCUCCCUACGCACAUGCGCUGCCCGGCAGUGGGCUGCAAUGUGAGGUUCGAUGGCGGCAAUGCGUGGGACGAGCGGAUGGAGCACGUCGCAAAACACUUGGAGAAAGCCGCUGCCGGCACCGAGCCACCAGUGAAAUUCGGCGGUGACACGGACGGCACGCUGGUGGACUGGGCGACCAGCCCUGCCAUCGGCAUCCUCAGGAGAGGCGAAAAGGGCAGGUGGGCGUUGCAGAACCCACUCAAGGCCACUGGCUACCCCGUCUCGCCGCCAGUGUCGCCGGUCUCGCCCAUGCCAGGUCCUGCGGCCGGAGACGAUGAAGAUGCCGAUGCCGAAUGUGAAGACGAGUGA